AUGGAGCUUAAAGUCUGUGGGGGGCGGGAGCGGGAGCGGGGGUGGGAAACGUGUCAGUUGCAUUCACCUGGCGCCAACCUGGGGCGGUUGCGCCAGCUUGUUAGUGAGUUUUUAUUUCUCUGUAAAGGGCAACCUCUGCAUUUUGAAGGGCAACCCAGUCAUCCGAAAAAUUGCAAUUUAAAGAGCGCCUGGGGUCAGGGCGGGACACCCAACCGCUCUUUUUUCGGCUGGGGAAACCUGGGAAGAAUUUUUUGGGCCCCAUCCGAGUCACGCGGCAGUUCCACGGCAGGAACUGUGCAAUGGGGCGCGACCGGGGGGGCGUCCGUGGGUGGAAAGGAGCGGGGAAGGCUUCCACGGUGCCAACUUCCCCCCCUUGGGAACGGGGAGUCACGGCGGCGCGGCGUGGACAGCAGGGCUCCGGAUGGCCCCGAACCCGGGCCAAGAACGCCUCGUUUCGCCGUAGGGGCCUGGGGCGGAGAAGGGCGGGGAUGCCGUCCCCUCUCUCUGGCAGAGUCCGCAUCGCGCGCUUCCCGGGACUCGGCGAGGGGCCGGAGCGCGAGCGGGAACGGCGGCCCAAGGCGACGCGGCGGGGACGCAGACUCGCCAUAUCGACAGCGGCUGGGAACUCCGGGCUCGCACUUUCGCUCAUCUCUGAACAGGCGUUGGAAAGUAGAGAAGAAAAUCCAGUCUGCUUUUGGGGGACAUUGGACAGCCGAAUAAAUGCAAGUAUGUACAUUUGUGUAUUUAGAAGAAAGACAAAAAGGAAAAUAGCUUUUAUAAAGAAUAAUGAGACUAAUCUUAAACUUGUAGGACUACCUAUACUGUAUCCUUUUAUUUUUCAAUAUUGUUCGUUUAAUUUUUGUCCAUUCUGAAUGUUGAGUGUGCUUGUUUAAAAAAAGAACAAACUCCAGUACAAAAGUAUAGGAAGUACAAGGUCAGAGUUCCCUGUAACCCCUCCUAGGUAUGUACCACUGUUAACAAUUGAACGUCUGAUUUUCCAGAUUGUACAUACACAUAAUCAGAAGGAUCAUAAUAUCCAUAUUAUGCUUUUCCCCCCUUUGCAGUAUGUCAUAUAAAUCUCUGUGUCGGUUCCAGUAGCUUUAUGUCCCCUGAACAGCUGCAUAGUAUUCCUCUGUUGAUAUUCCUCUUUCUGUUUAGUAAAUCCUCUCCUGUUGGACAUUGUAUUUUUGUUUUCUGUUUCAAAUGGUGACACAUCCUGUACACAUGUAGUUAUAUAUAGUUGCCUGAUUUUUUUUUUAGGGCGAAAAUGUGUAACACCAUCUUUGAAUUCUUCCCCUGUCACGUCUGUGUAGAUGCUCAAGCACAAACGUUUUUCUUACGUUAUGAAGCCGACUUUAGCUACUUUGUUUUUCAUCCCUAUUUUUCAUUGUGGGGCAGAGUUGGAGGCUCAGUGUUGGGUUUUAAAACUUUCUCGUUUGACAGUUGAUCUGAACCUCAAGAUAAGUUAUGAGCUAGUCUUUCAGCCUGGUCUCUGGGAAACUCCAAUUUUCAGAUUUAUUUUGGAGAUUAAACAAGUAAAAUCACAUGCCCCUCAGUUUGUAGCAUUGAGGCAUAUGUGGUUCAUGUCUUUCCGGUAAGUAUUUCACCUCACCAGGGCGGCUAAUAGACCAAGCACUUGAACUUGGUGGAAAGAACUGUGACUGCCGUCCACCCACUAUGACUUGUCUUGGGUCAUUCUGCAAGCUCUGUGCUAGGUACUGGUGAUACAAAGAUGAAUGGCACAGCCCUUGUCCUCAAGGAACUCACAGCACAAGGGAGUGAGAGACAUAUGUGAAUAAGAUGGUCAUAAUUCAGUGUGGUUAGUGCGUUGUGGUGAGUUUGAGAGAGGGCAUCUAACUCAGGGGUGAUAUGGGGUUCAGAGGAGGCUUCCUGGAGGAGGUAAUGUCCAAGCAGAGUUCUAAUGAAAAUUGAAGUUUUCCACGAAAGGGAUGAGGUGGGAAGGUACUCCUGGCAGAGGAAUCAAACAUGAGCAAAAGCAGGAAAAUGAGAAAAACAGCAUUGGCCUGGGGGUUGGGUAACAAGACGAUGGCAGCUUUGUGGGUUUCAAGUGUGAAGUAAGAACCUGGGAGUGAUACAAGAUGAGAUGAGGCAAGUGAGGCAAGCUGGCCAUACAGUGGAGGAGGUUGGGAUUGGUCUGUAGAUUAAUGGGGAGCCUUUGGAGAAUGUGAUAUGCUAUGGGGGACUUAGGGGGAUAAGUGAAGGUUGGCUUGGCAGGCAGUAGGAACCCAGGCUUGGGGAAAGUCGUUUGAGGCCAUUGGUGUUGGAGUGAGGGGAAGAAAGAACAUGUAGGGCUUUCCCAAGCUCCCCCUCCUCUCUGGCCUUGCCGAGGUUGGCUCUGUGAUCCUAGUUGCCCUCCCUUUUGUGGGCACUCGUGUGUAGCUUAUUUACAAGCUUUUCGCUGGUGGGUUCUGAUCUUUUUGAAGUAAGGGUUCCUGCUCUCAUUCUGGUGCCAUGAGGCGCUGCCCAUUGUCCCGGCUGCCUGUGGAUGAAGGGACCUGGCUCCACUCAUUAAUUUUCAUUACCCCUUCCAUGUGGCUUCUGGACAUGAAUUGGUGGUCAUUCUGUGGGCAGUGUUGCAGAGCCAGCCCUGGGCUAGGCUCUGGGGACGUGAAGGUAGGUCAUGCGUGCUUAAUGCCCAUGCUGAGCUUGCCCUUCUGUGGGAGAUAGAAAAUUAAAAGACAAUGUGAUUUGUGCCAAUAGGUCUAUUCAGAAGUUAAACAAUUCCUGUGGAGGUAGCCAGGAGUAUUAAUAACGUUAACAUAAGUGGUUUCAGAAUGAGGCACGUUGUCAACUACGACUUGUGUGCAAAUAGAAAAAACUAAAUUUAGGCCAUUUCUAAAAUUACUCUGAUUUUUGAGACUAUGGUCUGACCAUAGUUAAUUAAUCAGAGCACAUAAUUGAUUAUUUUCUGUGGUUUCACCUGCUGUAAGCUCUGAUGCAUUUGUAUUUCAUGGAGGGAAGGCGCAGGGGGAGGUACUUAUCCAAUACUGCUUGCUUACUUUCAAAACACUCUUUCACCACUUGAACU